AUGGUUGGAAGUGCUUCCUUGGGAUUCUCCGAGCUUGUUGCUAUAGGGGCUUGUGUCGAAUAUGGUUUAAGAAAUGGCAAACUUACGGCUGUAGCUGGAACUUCAAAUGCUAUUCCAAAGAAGUUUUCUAGAGGGUUCCCCAAAAUGAAGGAAGGUGAAACAAAUGUUGUGACUAUUGGCCAAAGAAGAGCCCCUCCAAGCUUUUAUCAAGUGCCUCCGGUUUAUCAACCAACACCAGUGCAACAACGUGUUGCGGUUCCUCCAGUUUAUCAACAAGCACCAGAAGCUCCUGUCUAUCAACAGCUGAGAGCUCAAGCUCCAAGGCAAAAUGCUCAGAACCAGAAUAGGAGGCAAGGGGAUAGGGCGACCUUCAAUCCAAUUCCAAUGUCGUACACUGAGCGUUAUCCCUCCCUAUUGCAAAAGGGUUAUAUGGUUCCCAGGCCUAUGGGACCUCCACCCGAUCGUCUGCCUCCAUGGUACAACCCUAAUGCACACUAUCCUUUUCAUGAAGGUGCCCCUGGGCAUGACCUAGAGGGUUGUUAUGCUUUGAAGCAUAGAGUUCGUGAGCUGAUUGAUAGCAAGAUCUUGUUUUUUAAGGAUAUGGGACCGAAUGUGAAGAACAAUCCUCUUCCUCACCAUGGAGACCAUGUAGUGAACGCCAUUGAAGAUGCCUUUGUUGGUGUUAUGGUUGAGAAGGUGGAUGACGUCAAGACUCCUUUGGCAGCGUUCCAUGCCCGAUUGGUGGAAGCUGGCCUGAUUAAUGUUAGUCAUGAAGAUUGUGAAGAGUACGCCACAUACUCAAGGGGGUGUCAGGUGGUACAACAUAACAUCCAAGACUUCAUGAAUAAAGGAGUGCUUCAUAUAUCCAACGUUACAAAGAAUGAAGAUGUGUUGGCAAUUGAACCUUGCUUCAAUUUACCUAAACCAUAUGAAAUCCCAUACUACAGUAGUGGAGUGUUUCCUACAAAUAGUCAUCAAUCACCUGUUGAGAUAUGUAUGCCCACGCCUUUUCCAUAUGAGAGCACCAAGGUUGUGCCUUGGAAAUAUGAGAUUACCACUGUGGACAAGAUUGUUGAAGGAAGUAAAGACGUUGAAGUGAUAAAAGUUGUGAAUGAGGACGUCACCAAUAUUGCAGGAAUGAGCAGAAUGACCCAUAGUGGUCAAAUCUAUACUCCUGAAUUAAGUGUGAAUCCUCAAGGGCCGACCAAGGAAUCUACAGUUACAGCUCCCAUUAAAGAACCCGAAGUGGUCCAAUCUGAAGAUGUUGUUGAAUUCUUGAAGUUGAUCAAGAGAAGUGAUUACAAGGUUGUGGACCAGUUGCAUCAGACACCAUCUAAAAUUUCUAUUUUGUCUCUGCUAUUGAACACCCAAGCCCAUAGGGAGGCUUUGUUGAAGGUGCUUGCCCAAGCUCAUGUAGCACAAAGCAUAACAGUAGACCAGUUUGAUGGGGUGGUUGCGAACAUGACAACUUGCAAUACUUUAAGCUUUAGUAGAGAAGAAUUACCUGAAGAUGGACAAAAUCACAAUCGUGCUCUCCAUAUCUCCGUGAAGUGCAAAUAUGACGCUUUGGCAAGAGUUUUGGUUGACACCGGAUCUUCUUUGAAUGUGAUGCCAAAGAGAACACUCACCAAGUUAUCUUAUCAAGGACCCGCUAUGAAGCCCAGCACCUUGAUAGUGAAAGCUUUUGAUUAUUCCCGGAGAACCGUGAUUGAAGAGGUUGAACUGCCUAUAUUGAUUGGCCCUCAUGGGCAGUCACCUCCACUUUACAUCAGAAAUGAAGUUUGUGGUGGAAAAUCAGUUGAUCAUCAUUUCCUGAGAGGAGGACUUUGUGGUCAAUCACCUUUCAUCCUUCAGCACCAUGUUGGGAAAGCUUGUUCAUCUUUCGCUUCUCUGAAAAACGCAAAGUCUAGCAUCGAAGGAGGAAACCCUGAAGGUUGGGGUCAGCUUAUUGAUGUUCGUGAGAAGCAUGAUCGCUUUGGUCUGGGAUAUAUGCCUUCCGCUGCGAAAGGAGCCCGAGUCCCUGCAAAGGACAACACCUGA